AUGUCGAAUCCCCGUGUCCUACUCCUCGGCGGACAUGGCAAGAUAGCCCGCCUCUUAACCCCUCUCCUCCUCAACCGCUCCUGGGACGUAACCAGCGUGAUCCGCAACCCAGAUCAUACCAGCGACAUCCUGAAAUUGGGCCAGGGCAAGAAGGGCAAGGUCGAGGUGCUGGUCUCCAGCCUCGACGAUGUGAAGAGCGUCGAUGAUGCGAAGGCCAUCGUAGACCGCGCAAAGCCGGACUAUGUCGUUUGGGCGGCUGGCGCCGGCGGCAAAGGCGGACCCCUCCGCACCUACACCAUAGACCGCGACACAGCCAAACACUUCAUAACAGCAACCUUCACAAACCCCUCCAUCACCAAAGUCCUCCUGAUCUCCCACAUCGGCAGCCGCCGCAAGCAGCCCCCCUGGCUCUCCGCAGACACCUGGGCCCGCUUCGAGCACAUCAACCAAGACGUCCUGCCGGACUAUUACCAGGCCAAACUGGCCGCGGACGAGUACUUCACCGUCAUGGCGCGCAGGCGCGCAGCCAUGGAUGACGAAGCGGAGGCGCGGGGCGGGGCCGCGGGGGAGGGUGAGGGCGAGGGGCCCAGGAAGCGGUUCCAGGCGAUAUUGCUACGGCCGGGCCCGUUGAUGGAUGCGCCCGCGACGUGGAAGGUGGAGUUGGGGAAGACGAAAGAGGUGGUGUUGGAGGGCGGGGUGCCGGCGAAUGUGAGCCGGGAGGACGUGGCGAUUGUGGCGGACCGGCUGCUGGCGCGCGACGACACGAGGGGUUGGUUAGAUUUGCUGGGCGGGGACGAUGAGAUUGAGGAGGCUGUGGAAAGAGCUGUGAGGGAUCGAGUGGAUGCGGUUGAGGGGGAGGAUGUGGAUAAGAUGUGUGAAGGGAUUACGUUGUGA